AUGCCACCAAGAAAAUCAAAAAAACAACUAAACAUCAUUCCAAAUCACCCAACCACCCCAAACAACAACACACCCAACUCAAAUGCCAACAAUAGCAACCCACCGAACUCAAACAGCAACCCUCCCAACUCAAACAGCAACCCUCCGAACUCAAACAGCAACCCUCCCAACUCAAAUGCCAACAAUAGCAAUCAUUCCAAUUCAAACAGCAAUCCGGUGAUCCCUGAAAUACCACCCUCAGAGAAACCCAAGCGAGCCCCAAACUUCUCACCUGAGGAGGACGAGCAGCUUGCAAAGAGCUGGACGGUUAUAUCAGAAGACGCCAUCACAUCGAACAAUCAGAGCAAGGAUGUUUUCUGGGAACGUGUGGUUGAGGACUUCAAUAUGUCUACUAGCGGGCCUCGGCGAGACGAUAGUGGUUUAUCAACAAGGUGGAAGGCUCUCCAGAAAUCUGUUCUCAAAUUCGGAGCCAUAUACGAUCGCCUGAAGAACAAUCCGGCGUCCGGUUCAACACCUGAAGAUUGGCUCAUCAAUGCCAGGCAGCUAUAUUAUGAGCAGGUCGGCAAACAAUUCAUGUCCGAACGCUCUUGGAAUCUCCUCAAACAUGUCCCAAAGUUUCAGAAUUUGGCUGGAAGAGCGAAGCCCGGGACAUCUUCUCAAAUAGCUAGCGAGUCUCAAUUUCUUUCUCAACCUGCAAACGACUCCUCACAACCAUCUUCUACCAACGCUGAAACACCGACAUCGAAGAACUGGGAACGACUGCUUGGUGCCCAUAGCUCAAAGCGCAAGGUUAACGAAGAGGAAUACAAAAGAAGAAGAAUGAAGUACUGGGAAGUCUCGCACAAAGAGGCGCUCAAAAGAAGUGUUGAAGCGAAGCGAUCAAACGAUAUUCAAGAAGAUCUUGUCGCGACCGAAAACAAGAAGAUCGACUUCAAUCUGAUGUUCCAAAAUCCUAACUCCUGCCCAGACGACAUAUCUCGUCGAUUCUUAAUGAAGCAAAAGGAAGAGAUCUACAAGAAAUACAGCAAACCACCCAGCUCUCGUGUGCAAGGCGAGUCUUCAAAAUCCGUGACAGACCACUCUUCCGAACCUUCCUCCCGAUUUCAUACAAGCGAUUCCGAGCCAAUGAGGGACGAGACUAACGAAAGCGAGAAAGAAUAUGAAGACAUUGAUGAAGAUGAGGAUGAUCAGGAUGAUGAUCUUCCCACUCACACUCAGAUCCUCGAUCUUGAUGAUUUUAGCCAGUCCGUCUAG